UGGAUCCACCUUGGCCCUGGGGCCAUGGAUGAAGGGACACCUAACCUUUGCCCAUCCUACUCUGCCAAGCCCAGGUUUCCAUUCCUGGGGCAUGAUCAUGCAGCUGAGCCUGGCCCUAGUGCUCGGAGUGGCCCUGCGCCUAGGGUUUGGCCAGCCCUUCCUGGGGGUUCCUGAAUGCCCCUUCUCUGUGCUGUGGAACAUACCCUCAGCACACUGUAAGACUCGCUUUGGCGUCCACCUGCCACUAGAGGCCUUGGGCAUCACAGCUAACCGUGGCCAGCGUUUCCAUGGCCAGAACAUCACCAUCUUCUACAAAAACCAACUCGGCCUCUACCCCUACCUUGGGCCCAGGGGCACAGCUUACAACGGGGGCAUCCCCCAGGUUGUCCCUCUUGACCACCACCUGGCACGGGCUGCCUACCAGAUCCACCGCAGCCUAGGACGUGGCUUCGCUGGCCUGGCAGUGCUAGACUGGGAGGAAUGGUGUCCACUCUGGGCUGGGAACUGGGGCCGCCGCCGAAUCUAUCAGGCAGCCUCAUGGGCUUGGGCACAGCGGGUGUUCCCCGACCUGAGCCCCCAGGAGCAGCUCCACAAGGCCCAUGCUGGCUUUGAACAGGCAGCCCGGGCCCUGAUGGAGGACACGCUGCGGCUGGGCCAGGCACUGCAACCCCAUGGGCUCUGGGGCUUCUACCAUUUCCCAGCCUGUGGCAAUGGCUGGCAUGGUAUGGCUUCCAAUUACACGGGCCACUGCCACCCAGCCGCUCUCGCCCGCAACACCCAACUUCACUGGCUCUGGGCUGCCUCCAGCGCCCUCUUCCCUAGCAUCUACCUCCCACCCAGGCUGCCACCUAUCUACCACCAGGCGUUUGUCCGAUACCGCCUGGAGGAGGCCUUCCGUGUGGCCUCUGUUGGGCACCCACAUCCCCUGCCUGUCCUGGCCUAUACCCGCCUCACACACCGGAGCUCUGGGAGGUUCCUGUCUCAGGAUGACCUUGUGCAGACCAUUGGUGUGAGCGCAGCACUUGGGGCAGCCGGCGUGGUGCUCUGGGGGGACCUGAGCUUCUCCAGCUCUGAGGAGGAGUGCUGGCAUCUCCAUGACUACCUAGUGGGCACCCUGGGCCCCUAUGUAAUCAACGUGACCAGGGCAGCCAUAGCCUGCAGUCACCAGCGGUGCCAUGGCCAUGGGCGCUGUGCCUGGCAAGGUGGAGGACAGCUGGAAGCCUUUCUGCACCUGCAGUCAGAUGGCAGCCCUGGAGCCUGGGAGUCCUUUAGCUGCCAUUGUUACCUGGGCUGGGCUGGCCCUACCUGCCAGGAGCCCAGGCCUGAUCGCAGGCCUGAAAAAGCAGCAUAAAGCCAGAAGUUACCUGCCCCUGA